AAUCGCAUCGGAGCUGUAGACGGAGUCAGGGAGGUCUACCGAGACGAGGAGUAAACACGGUGGCUGGUCCGCGCGCAGCACGGCACACGGUCAUCGAGAGGCGAGGAGUGGGCGGUGGAGGGAACCUGGAGCGGGAAAGAGAGAGAGAAGGGAGACGUAGUGGGAGAAAGCGAGAAAGAGGGAGAAAGAGUGUGUGUGAGAGAGAGAGUGAGCGGACGAUACGAGCCGUGUGCGUGCAUGCGUGUGAGCGAGCGAGCAAGAGAGAGAAAGAGAGAGAGAGAGACAGACGUGAGAAGCGAGAUAGAGCGAACGAGUAGGCCAGCGAGACGAUCACGAUGUACGGAGGCGAGCACAAGCGGCCAGGGGCACAGGGCUGAGGGCUGAGGGCUCGACGGGGGCCUCGAUUAACGUUCACGGGCCGGCCGCGGCGCAGCCAGCGAGCGAUGGAGCAGCCCAAGACUCCGACGUCCCGGCUGUUCAACGUGACCUGCAUCGAGAACAAGGACGAGCUGGAAGAGAAAUUCGAGAGAUGCUACUCAACGUUCCAAAAUCUGAUUGCGGGACUUUCUGAGAAGGAGAUCCACGAUACAUUGAAUAAUGUCAUGUGCAAGGAGAAGACGUAUGAAGAUGUUUCCCUGGGUUUACUAAUGAUGAUCUUGACAGAUCCGCAGAAUGCUGCCAAGAGUUAUAGAGACUUGACAUUGAUCACGCGAGAUGGCCUAGGCAUUGUGAUGGCCCAUCUCAAUCAAUUAGUACUGGACAAAUAUUUGAGAUUCAAUGAUGUCACCAGGAACCAGUUACUGUGGUUGCUAAGGGAAAUGAUAAGGACUAGUGUAACUAAUGUGGAUAAUCUUUGUUUGAGUUUAUUGAGGCAUGCGGCAGGUGGGGAUAUUUCCCCGAGGAACUUGUGUCUAGUUGACACUCUCUUAGAUAUUUUUCAAGAGAAUCGAACGUGGUUGGACAAAUUUCCUCUUUUAGUAGCAUCAAUUGUGUACACAUAUUUACGGUUAAUAGAAGACCACAAUGCACCUCAUUUGGCUGGUUUGCGGCAAAAGGAAGUGACCUUCACGGUAUCUCUGAUAAGGGAGCGAAUGGCGGACUGCCUGGCCAUCGGAAGAGACUUCAUUCGUUUACUGCAGAACGUCGCGAGAAUACCAGAAUUUGAAGCACUGUGGAAGGAUAUAUUACUCAAUCCAAAAAAUCUUUGUCCAAAUUUUAGUGGAGUUCUUCAGUUAUUACAAACUAGAACCUCCAGAAGAUUUUUGCAAUCUCGUUUGACACCGGAAAUGGAGAGAAAGCUUGUGUUUCUGACGAGUAACGUCCGUUUUGGAAAUCACAAGCGUUAUCAGGAUUGGUUUCAGAGGCAAUACUUGGCAACACCUGAAUCUCAAUCAUUGAGAUGUGAUCUUAUUCGAUUCAUUGUUGGAGUUAUACAUCCCACGAACGAACUGCUGUGCUCCGACAUUAUUCCGCGAUGGGCAGUAAUAGGGUGGUUAUUCACAACGUGCACUUCCACUGUGGCUGCCAGUAAUGCGAAGCUAGCUCUGUUCUACGACUGGCUGUUCUUUGAACCUGAGAAAGACAACAUCAUGAACAUUGAGCCAGCGAUUCUUGUUAUGCACAAUUCAAUGAGGUCUCAUCCACCUGUCACUGCCACACUUCUAGAUUUUUUAUGCAGGAUAAUACCAAACUUUUAUCCCGUGCUAACGGAUAAAGUGAGAAACGGCAUAUUUUCAUCAUUGCGACAAAUUUUGGAGAAACGCGUUUUGCCUAGUUUAUACCCGUUAUUCGAUAGCCCGAAACUCGAUCGAGAAUUGAGGAGCAAGAUACGGGAAACCUUCAAAGAAUUCUGUCUACCAAACUCAGAACCUGGUAAUAAGGUUCUGAAAUAUUCAGGUAAAAUGGAAGAGCUCAACAAGGAGCACAAUCCAGGAACUGUAAUAGAGAAUACUACAAAUUCUACGGUGGAGAAUAACCAUGUGGCACAGGAUCCAGAACCAGCGUUCAGUGACGAAGAAGAGGAGUCUCCUCUUAGAAUAGUGACGAAAGUGGAAGAUGAAGAGGACGAGGAGGAUGUACCGUUGUCUACGGUUAAAUUGAAAAACGAGCAAAAGAACGCAAACUGUGUUGUUAAAAAAGAGGAUAUCACGUCGCAUUUGCGUCUUAUAUUGGAGCCGGAGGAGCUGCGAACUAGCAUAGAAACAUUGCAUAUGGAGACUGAUAAUGAGUCGAGGUGCCAAACGAUGGAAAGAAUAGUACAAAUGGUCGUGGAGGAUGAAAUAGAUGCAGAGACGAUACCUGCGUUAGCGUCCUGCAUAUCAACUAUCUUAUCGUCGCAAAUCACGGCACAGAUCUUUCCGUCGGAUAAUUUGAACGAGGAAGCGCUGGCUGAUAGUAUAAGCACGCCGUUGUUUGUUAUGUUUAGAAACCAAUUUCAAUUAUGCAAAGAGGAAGAUAAUAGGCGAAAGCUUUUGGCCAGGGUAUUGGCAGAAAUGCAGUCGGUUCAAUCCAGGAUAGGUUACCUCCUUCUCUAUUUUUUAAAAGUCUGGGGCAGAGAAGAGGGAAAGAGAGAAGGCGAACCAAGGUUAGACGAAAAGUAUGACAUAUUUAACGAACAAAGAGUAAAAACAAAUAGUGUAACCUUUCAACUAUUCCAUUUCAGCAAUGUUCUAAACGAUGUCAAAGCAUCAGUAUACAAGGACUUUUGCGCGCAGAGAGAAAAAAAAUUAGACGCGUGUUUGGUAUCAGAUUUAAAGCUUUGCCACGAAGACAACAUAUUUAUGUUGUGUUAUCUCGUGCCCGACGUGUAUACAGGAUUUCAAAACGUUGCCCUCGGAAAUGUUCAAUUGUUGCAUCUGGUCGUGUCCACUGUGGACUCGUAUCAGUUGCAGGAUCUAGUUUGUCAAAUAAUGCAAGGUCAUUUAAAGAUGUUGAAAAAGGAAUCGUUCACCGCGCUAUUGACAGCUAGCUUAAACUGGGAAACAUUUGAGCAGUACUGUUUCUGGCAGCUCAUACUCGCACACGAUUUUCCCAUCGAUUACGUACUGCCGGUUUUGCCGAAAUUACAAUUUCGUAAUCACGCGGAGGCGCUUACCUCAAUCCUGUUGAUGCUUAAGCGAGAAAAGCCAACGUUGGAUCUUUUACGACAACUAUUCGCCCGGCAGAGCGUUGACGAUGAUAAGUUUGUCGUAUCCGCGCUACGCUACUGGUGUCGCGACUACGAAGAAAAACUCGGUGAGCUGCUUGCGAACUUGCUUAGCACCCGUUACCCUGCAACCAGUCCAAACAAACGGAAACGUUCUGGAGCUAAACAAAAUCAACAGUCUGGUCCUCCUACCGGCGAACAGGUUCUCGGUCAUUUAGAUCAAUUACGCCAACACUGUAUGUCUUCCGCGGAAUUGCAAUUGUAUCAUUCAGAAGGAAUGCAAAGGGCAUUACAGCAAGCGCAGACAGCAGGUAGCGACUCGUUAAGAAAAAGCUACGGCGACCUAUUUGCGCUUGCAGAAAUUAAUGAGGAGAAUGAACCGCCACCACCGAGUAGUUCCGCGAGAAAACACACUGCUUCCUCCGGGGGAAGUGGUGUUAGUGGUAAGGGUGGCCACAGAAAAACCGGUGCUAACACGAGAGAAAGAUCCAAUCUGAAGAGACCACUUCCGCGAUAUCAUAUUGAUAGUACCUCUACCAGUGAGGAAGAAGAAAUUGUUAAUCCAAAGCAAGCGAAAAAAAGAAAAAAGAUCAAUCCAGUGGGCUCGGACAGCGACUGACCACCCAGUGUCUUCAUAUGUCACAUGGACCACGUCACGUGUGUGCAGCAAGCUAAACUAGCCUUAAGAAUAGUAAGAUAAUAUAUGUAUAUAUAUACACACACACACACACACAUACAUACACAUAUAUAUAUGUAUGUAUGUAUGCGUGUAUAUGUAUAUGUAUAUAUGUAUAUAUAUGUAUGUAUACAUAUAAAUACAUACAUACAUACAUACAUAUAUAUAUAUAUAUAUAAUAUCUGUUUAGUGCAACUUUGUACAUAUAAUAUGCUAAGAAUGAAUGCGGAGAGGUGUGUGCGUGUGCGUGUGCGUGUGUAUGUGUGUGUGUAUGUAUGUAUGUAUGUAUGUAUGUAUGUAUGUAUGUAUGUGUGUGUAUAUAUGUGUAUGUAUAUAUAUAUAUAUAUAUAUAUAUAUAUAUAUAUAUAUAUAUAUAUGAAAGUAAAAUCUUUACUAUGUUUCAUAUAAACAUGUUGCUCAGAGCAACAGCAAAAUUGCCAGACUCUGAUUGUUAUUGUUAAAACAUUUUGUUAAAAAUUGAAAAUCACAGCGUAUGAGAACUAUUAAUCGUAUUUUUUUAAAAAUACGAUCUCUUGUUUUAAACAUGUUUUUUACAUCGAUGAAUACUAGUUAAUAUUUUUUCCGGUAAACUCGACAGAUACAAGUGAUACCAGAUACCAAGCGGUAUGUCAAUUAGCCUAUUUUCCUACGUUUUUUUUUUCGAAAUGUAUGCGAAAUAUAUAUUAGGCUACCGCUCAUGUCUGUUAAAUAGUUAUCAAAAAGUAAAAGAAAUACAACUUAAAAUUGUUAAAGGUUUCUGUUUCUUCAGUGUAGUCAUUAAAUUAUAAUGUCGAGUAGGAAAUUAUGAAUUUUUUGGGCAAUAUAUAUCAGAAUAAUGUUUUCAUACUUCCACAUUUGAUAAUGUAAAUUAUAUCGCACUCCCUUUUUAAUUUGUAAAUGAAUAAAUGAUGUAAAUCUUAAUCAAUUAUUGCAUGUGUAAGAUAUGUACAUAUAUACAUAUAUAUAUACAUAUACACACAUAUCUUUAUAUAUGUAUACAUAUUAGGAUAUAUGUAUAUACAUACAUAUGAUAUAUAAAGAAAAAAAUAUGUAAACACAUUAUAAGAAAGAUUUACAUGGUUUAUUCUUGCUUGAGACAUUACAAUUGCUAUGGCUGUGAAGAAAUAGAAGCUGUAAAAUAUAACCGUUUUCUUCACAAGCAUGAAAACGAGAAACAGAAUCUGGCAACAUUGCAAGGGGUAUAGCAACGCAAUAUAUCCCAUUUGCAUUUUUUUUUAAUUGUGAUUAUCAUUUUUAUCUAUUGUCUAAAAUGUUUAAAUGAAGAUGUUUUCUUUUCUUUAUGAAAUCUUUUGUCAAAGGAAUUGUCACGAUUGGACAUAUUCGUUGCCAUGACUCCAAAUGCAAUUCGAAUGAGUUGUUAGUUAGAAUUAAGGACCUUCUGCCGGAACGUCGAGACGUAAUUCAUGUAUGUCACAUUCCGGUGAGAAGCGUACAGUUUUACGACCAAAUGUAUUCACAGGGUGUUUACUACCAGAAAAAACUGAGAAAACUUGGAAUUUUCAGGAAAUUUACUUUUUAUUCUUGAAAAUCAUAUUUUUAUGGGAUUUUAUUUAUAUUCAAAAAAAUCUUUAAAAUUUUACUUUUAAAUUUCAAUUUUUGUUCUCUAACAAAAUAAUUUCUUUGAUCAAUUUUUCUAGUUAAUGCAAAAUCAAUCUGUAAUAAAUAUGACGUAUAUAAUACACGUACAUAAAUGCCUUAACAUUUAAAGUUGCACGCUCCGUAUCGGAGAAAACAUGAAAAGGAAUGAGAAUACAUGAAAAAGCAUUUAUGUUCCCAUGUGUACAUUCUCGUGCGACUCACAAAUUUUUAUAAAGAAAUUAUUGACAAUAGAAGACAAUACAUUGUUCUAAAUUAAUGUUGUGUUUAAUCCAGGGUUGAACGUUUACGCGUGAAAUAUAAUUUAUAUUACGCGUGUACAAUGUAAAUUAUGUAUUUUACAUGUCAUCUAUGUAAACAAUAGAUCCAUAGAAGAUUCAGAUUUCAUAAAAAUAACAAAAGUUAAUACUAUUUCUUUAUUUUUAAUUUUUAACAUAUAUUUUUAUUUCAUUAAUAAAGUCAGAUCUAUUAACAAUUUUAUAAUUUAAUUACUUUUACUGUGAUAUUUAUCUUAGUUUACAUUGAAUUGUCUACAUAAAAAAAAUUUGUAUAAACAUAAUGUAAAUAAUACGUAAAUUAUCUAUGUAAUUUUGAAAUUUAUGAUACAACCCUGGUUUAAUCACCUUUUGAAUUCUGUACUUUUGAUAAACUACGUGUAUUGCAGACAUAUAUGUCACAUUUAAUUCUUUUUUCUUUUUAGUACUUGUUCAAAAUUUUAUUUUUAAUAUUUAAAAUUUGAAUAAUUUUUCUUUGUGAUUGUAUUAUUAAGGAACAUUAAUAGAUAAAUAAUAAAUUAAAUGAAUUUUAAAACUGCAUUUAAAAUGUUUUUAAUUUUACUUGAAAUUUUGAAUAAAAUUCCUAAAAAACCCAGAAAUUCUCAGGGAUUUCUUUUAUAAAAUUUGAGUAAACAUCCUUCACUUCUCAAGUGCGCUCUCUUAAUAUGAGCACAAUUAUUCACGAGAGACGCAGGGAUACUUUUUAUAAAAUGGUCCGCAUGACGGAAGGUUAUUAACUUUAAAGUAACGAUCAGAGCGAUUCAAUGUUAACUUUAAAUAAAUUUCUUUUUUUUGUUUCAAAUUUUAUUAGAAUGAUUUAAUUUUUGCGAUUAUAAACUGCGACACUGCGAUAUGACUUGUGUAUUGUACUUUUGUAUAUCUUUUUACAUCCUUAUAUCUGUAAAUAGAUAUAUAUAAGGUGAAAUUGAUUCGCGCGGCGGUGAUCGACUGCAGGCUCGAUAAGUCGAUCUCAUCAUUGUACAAGUAUUUAAUUCUCUUAAAAAUAUUCGAAUGAUUUUUUACACUGAAUCGUUUGUCGUUUUAUUAUUGCAUUCGAGAUGUUUUUCUGAAAUGUUAAAAAAUUUAUAUUAAAAAUACUACGGUACCUUCCAAAACA